GUGGGCAAAUAACUAAUGAGCUACGCAUUGCGCUCUAUUGCAAGAGCCAACACGGUCAUACUAUUAUUGUUGCUCCACGUGCAGCAGUUUUUAUUCUUUAUACUACUUUAAUAAGCGAUUUUAGUGAAUUAACGCGAUUUAAAAUGCCGCCUGUUAAGAAGCCCAAGGCGCAGAAGAUCGAGAAACAGAGCACGCCCAAAAAGACCGUCGAUACGACCCAGAAUGUGGUUUCCGGACAGCUGAAGAAAAAGGUGGCCAAGGCCAGGCCGCAAAAGCCAAAGGGUCCGGAACGCGGUGUGGUCAUUGUGAAGCACCUGCCCCAUGGAUUCUUCGAGCAGCAGCUGCGCCAGUACUUCCGACAAUUCGGCAGGGUGCUCCGCGUCCGUUUGGCCCGAUCUCUGCGCACCGGUAAUAGCAAGGGCUACGCCUUCGUGGAGUUCGAGUACCCGGAGGUGGCCAAGGUGGCUGCCGAUACCAUGGACAACUACCUGAUGUUCCAGAAGGUGGUGAAGGCCACCUACAUUCCGCCAGAGAAGCAGACAUUCAACUUAUUCAGGACCUCCUUGAAGAAGGUCGUCAAUAAGGCCGGCAAGGAAAUCUAUGUCUCGGAUUUAACCAAAGCCACUCAGCGCAGCGUGAAAAAGCAGAACAACUGGGAUGAGUCCGCUUGCCAGAAGCGCACCGUAGCCAAUCUCAACAAGAUGAAGAAGCUGCAGGAGAAGUACAAGGACUUGGGCAUCGACUUCUCCAACUUACUGGUAGAACCAGUAAAGAAAACAGGCGCAUCUACUGAGGCAUCUACGAGCCAGGCAGCGGCCAAAAAAGCUGGUAAGAAACAGAAACAACCGGCGAAGAAGGUACCAACGCUGGAGGACUUGCUGGGCAACACCAUCAACGAGGACUCCGAUGACGAGGACUACGUCGAUGCAUCCGAUGAUGAGUCCGACCUGGACGCUGAGGAGGAGGAAGCGGAUAGUGAGCAGGCCAGCGAUGACAGCGACGAGGAGGAGGACCUUCCACCGCCGCCCAAGAAGAACAAGGCGAAGCUGACUGAUAAACUGAAGCGCAAGCCUGGCACUGGCGGCGUGCAGAAAAGGAAAAUAGCUCCGGCUGCGAAGAGCAGCAAGAAUGUCGCCACCCAGAAACUGCAGCUGGCCGCAGCCAAAUCGCUGGCCAAACCCUUGCCCAAGGGAAAGGCCAAGAAAUCCAAGUAGUAGCUUAAAAUACAUUUACUAUAGUUGUUAAGUAAGCAAAAACAUUUUGUAAGAUGAAUUGUGUUAAAAAAUGUCCUUGUACAAACUAAAAGGGCGUUUUGGCCGAACUGCCUUGCUGUUCCUCAA